GGAUCUCGAAGCACGAGCCGUUUGCCAUCUGCAGCACGCUUGCGCCAUUCAUCGGCCGCGGAGAGCUGCGGUGGAUGUACCAGAUCGAAGAUUCAAGGGCCGUACCGCUGCACAACAUCAUGGCGGACAGUGCCCCGUCAUGGUCGCCUUCCUCGGCGCUUCGAGCACUGGAAGCCCGCUAUCCGGGUAAGGUUCCGGUCCACCUUGUCGAUGGCCAUGCUUAUGUCUGGAGGGUGCAAGAUGCCUCGCGACUGCGGUCCGAGCACCACAUCUGUGGUCUACUCUCCGGCACGCUCCCGCUGAUCCCGCAACAGAAUGUCUUUCUGGGCCUGCCACUCCAGCUAUUCCCGGAAGAAGUGGUCUAUCUCAUACGGAAGCGCGCAAUCAUCCUUAUCGCCGAUGAGCGAGCGUUUGACGUGCCUACUGCAGAAGAGAUGGAGCGAUAUUAUACGGCGGCCAAGGAGGAUCAAAGGCAGCAAGCGACGCAGAGUUCUCAAAAUCUUGCAAAUACCAAAGGCGCUCAGAUCGAGCGGCUGCUACAAAAAGCAGCCAUGAGCCGGGAAAACAGCGAGGCAGGCAGCAUGGUCGGUGAUGCGGAGGAUGUGCAGAGUGGCGCCGCUGGUGGUGUUGCCUCCGAAUCGGAGUCUGAUUCUCCAGUGGGAAAGGGAGGGAAAGCAAAGCAGGAGGACCUGCUGCAAAAGGCUCUAGAGAAACGGCUACAGAGAGAGGACAAGCGCAAGCGUGCGGCGAUAGCAGCAUUGCAAGAGCACCAGCAAGGAAACGAGCCUCUUACUACCGGCGCUUCGGGGGGAGGAGCAGUCGCAGACAACAGCCUGGAGGUCUUCGCGCCGGAUCUCAGCGCGUCCUCCUCACCUUCUACCUCUGCAUCAGAGCAGCACGAUGUGUCUCGAGCAGGCCAAGAAAGAGCCUCAUUGACGGCCAGGCCCAAUCACCCGCACGUAACAUCCGGCUCUGCAUUGGAGCCGCAUCUUCCUAUGGACUGGUACCACCCACAUGCCCAAGCCUCCGCUUCCUGUUCACGGCCACGGAUACACACCACGCUCUCAUCGGCCAAGGGAGCAAAGGACUUUUUCUACCCACGCAACCAGAUGGAGCGCGCGAAAUGCGCCGCUUUCGAGGAUUUGCAGGCGCGAGGGUACUACAUGGGCAUUGGCCUGCGAUUCGGUGGCGACUUUGUCGUGUAUCCUGGUGACCCACUGCGCUACCACUCGCACUUUACAUGCACGGUCCGCGCAUCGCCAACAGCACCGCUGCCAUGCAUGGAGCUAAUCGCCAACGGCCGCCUCGGUACAGCUGUGAAGAAGGCGCACCUGAUCAGCGGCGUUAGCGGCGCGCGUGCCGAUGUCGGUGAGGAGAGGGGGGAUGUUCUGCGCAGGGAGGAUGAGUACACACACAAGUGGGGACAAGUCGUGCACUUCAGCUUGACGUGGAGCGGGUUUGGGACGUGAGAGCGGUGAAUGGUGAAGGAGGCGGGUGCGUUUGUUUGCAAAC